UGACGGGUGAAUAAUUCGCUGCACUGAAAAUAGGAGACGGUGAUGUGGGCUGCAAUGCUGAUCCAGUGUGCUGGCUUGCUAACUAGGUACCUAGCCAACUAGGUAUUGCCUAUCACGCCGAUACGUCACACCAAUCAUCAUUGUAUCAUGUAUGGAAACAGGACGCGCUGAGGGCUGUAAUGGACCUGCCAUUAUUUUGGUUUUCCACCGCCAUGUCCUGCAACAGCAUGCCCACCUUGGGACGUUCCCUCUCAUCCCCAGCUCUGCUGGGACGCGGUACUUUACAUAGAUGCAUCCAGCGAAGCACUUUCUGUUCCCAUACACGUGCCAACACCCAUCCAUAUCAAUGGCGGCGUCUGUCCCCAAACCUCCCGCCCGGGAACAUCAACAUCACCCCAAUCCCUCCAGACACCUGCUUCCCCCUUUACCGCUUCGCCGCCUUACCGAACAAGCCGGCGGGGAGCGCGGCCUUCUCCACCUUGGCGUCGAGCACCUUGGGCGGCAGCGCGAGUGUCUUCCUGACGAAGGGGCGACGCUUUCUGCCGGCUCCCUUGGGCGCCGCUGCCGGUGGUGGUGCCGCCUUGGCCGUUGGUGGUGCUGGUUUCUUGCUAGCGGUACUGGCGGAGGGCGGGGCCGACUGCCGAACCGGAAGGCUCUGAGCGGCCUGGCGGGGGGCGGGGGGCGGCGGCAUGUUGAGAGUGAGUCGGUAGGGUUGAUUUGGGAAGAGAUUAGGUAACUGGCGGGAAGGAGAUGGAUAUGUGCUAUGGUGGGACGGGUUUGCUGGUUGGAGAGUGUGGGAUGGCGAAGUGUGCAGAUGGAGUUGAGGGUAGGGCGAGAACAGGGCGCGGUCUCAUAUAUAUAUAUACCAGGUACCGAGGAUCAGGCGGCGGCGGGACUACGGCUAGGUCGGAGGGUGAGGAUGAAAUUAGGCCACCAGGCCCUCGUGUCUCCCGUAAGCAGGGGCACGGCGCCUUGGAUGGCCG